AUGACAGAGUCUUCACGACAACAGAAUGUCGGCUUGUAUUACAAAAGUAGUGUACUUUCAGAGAAAGGCGUUGGUUCACCAAAAACAGCAUUCGUUGAAGAAGAUCGAAAUGAAAUUGUUCGCAAAACAGCUCAUGGGAAAGCUACGACAGCACCAAGAAAGUUUGCGAAUGUUGCUGAAAUUAAAGAAGAAAAAGAACCUGCUAAAAACCAUGAAGAAAAGAUUGAGAACAAAGAGAAAACUCGAGAAGAGAUCUUGAGUGAGAAAACACAUAAAGAAAGAGAUGUGGUUUACAGAAGAAUGGAUGAGAUGCAGGAAGAAUAUGAGAAUGCUGUCAACAACAAACGAUGGGACAAGAAGAGAGAGUGUUAUUACAACAGAGAAGGAGAACCAGUUGCUGAAGAAGUUGAAACAGAAGCUAUAGAAGCUGAAGUGGUGAAAGAAGUUGAAGAACAGCAAAUUGAAGAAGAAGAAAAGAAAAAUGAAAAAUCAGAUGUUGGUGAUGUUGGCGAAGAAGUCAGUGUUGAACAAAAGCUGAAUGAUGCUGAGAUGAAGCAGCCAGAGGAAGCUGAAAACACCGAAGUGCCAAACACUGAGGUGUUUCUGAAGAAAAUUGAAUGUCAAUCAAAGGAGAAACGAAGCAGCCUGGCACCGGAGGCUGCUGAUCCCUGCAACAGUUAA